UUCUCUCUCUUAAGACUGGUUGGUCCUUUUGCUUUUGUUGUACCUGCGCCGUAAAAUAGGUGGAAAUGACUUUGUCAGUCGUAAAAUCCAUAAUAAACUCUCCAAAACUAGUCCGCCUCUCCACAGCACCACUUGGAUUCUCUCGUUGUCACCGCUGGUGUGUCUCGCUUCCGAAUAUGUCUUCAAAAUCUAUUCCUUUCGCUUCACUCACUAUCUCCGCUACUUCUGACAAUGCAGGUAAGAAGGAAGUUGUGGCUACAGAGAAAGCACCAGCUGCUUUGGGACCAUACUCUCAGGCUAUCAAAGCUAAUAAUCUUGUUUUCCUUUCUGGUGUUCUUGGGCUUAUACCUGAGACUGGAAAGUUUGUUUCAGACAGCGUUGAGGAUCAGACAGAACAGGUACUCAAGAACAUGGGGGAGAUAUUGAAAGCUAGUGGUACUGAUUACUCCUCCGUGGUAAAGACAACAAUCAUGCUUGCUGACUUGGGUGACUUCAAGAAAGUCAACGAGAUUUACGCCAAAUACUUCCCAGCUCCUUCUCCAGCAAGAUCGACAUAUCAAGUCGCGGCUCUGCCUCUAAACGCCAAGAUCGAGAUCGAAUGUAUUGCAACACUCUAGAACAUGCUACGAAGAUGGGAAAGUUGUCAAAACAAAUAAGACAAACCAUGGUGGUUUUGGGGCUUAUCUUAUAAUAUCCCAUUAGGAUUGUUACAAGCCCUAAGCCCCUUAACCAAGAAUAAGCGUUGUAGUCUCUAUUUUCUGUUUGAAACAUUGAUCUUAUGAUGAACAAAGAUAAUGUUUGAUGAAUAAACAUUGAUUU